GCUCUGUAUCGAUUGUGUACAUUAUUUAGACUUAUUAGUAUAGAUACUACGCGAAAUCCAAGUAACAGUUUGUAAAAUCAAUGCUGAAAUAGAGUCGUGGUGACCCAAUGGCAGCUUAGCUUGCUAACUAGCCAACUAGCUAACUAGCCCUAAUACAGGGCGGCCAGUGCUACUAACUCAUGUUAACCCUGCUAGCUAGUUAGCUUUAGCAAGCCAACUAGCGUCAAGUAGCUAACGGUGCUACUAAAAUGCUUAACGGGUGACAGGACACGUUUGAAAUAGCGUAACGGUGGCUAGCUUGGAGAGCUAGCUCCAUAAAGUAACACGAGCAUAUAACUGUAACGUGCUGAAGUGGUGAGUAACCGUGACAACAUAUGGUAACUUUAAGAGGUGAGGACUGAUCAGACAGUCCAGUGAACAAUCAUGACAUCUUCACUGCUCUCUAAGUGACUGUACGCAGGGAGGAGUUGUGUUGUUGAUUCCCAUUCAUCCCAUUUUAUCUGUCAAAAAGUUGUCUAAUCUAGUCAGAGGGGGAAACAUCGUAACGCUAGUGUGGAAGAAUAUAAAUCAACAGUGAAAAUAGAGUUUUAAAGAUGUUUUUAAGGGACAACUGGCCUGUAGGAAGUGGGCAUUUAGAGGCAUUAAAUCCUGGAGGCAGUGAUGCUACAUUAAGGAGGCAGAAUGCUUUAAAUCCUUAAAGAAGCCAGUGUUCUCUGAGCCAUUAUGUCCUGGCUUCACUUGGAGAUGAUAAUCUUCUCAGUCAGUUGCUCUAAGAAGACAUUUUAUGAGAUGUGAGGACCUUUUUUGGACAUACUUUUAAAACACACCCACCUCAUACUAUGACAUGCAUUCUAGCUCUACCCGUGACAUGAAACACACUCUUGACUUCAUGGAAAUAGCUCAUUGUUUUGUGCCUUAAUACUAUUCUAGAUAAUCAAGAGGAUGGGGCGAUUGGGGGGGUUAACAUACUAAAUACUAAAUAUUGUUGUUACUUUUAUAUAUUACAUUGGUGUAAUUCCUUUGCCACUUAGUUGCCGUGUCUGCAUCGCUCCUUCAGGCUGGGAUCUUGGAUGGAGUGAGUGUUGAGCCCCAGUGAGAUGACUGACCAGGGCAACAACAACCAGAGCAUCUCCUGCAACCCCUUCGCUGCCCUCUUCAGCUCACUGGCUGAUGCCAAGCAGUUUGCGUCAGGCCAGAAACCAGAACCAUCUGCAGAACCACCAUUGGAGGACUCAGGAGAGAGCCAGUCAGAGCCAGAGUCAGAAAACUCUGUGUCGGACAGCGUCGAUGACAAUGACGACUCCGUGGCAGAGAUCAGCCGCUCCUUCCGGUCCAGGCAGGAGCUGUGUGAACAGCUCAACGUCAAUCACAUGAUCCAGCGAAUAUUUCUCAUCACUUUGGACAACAGUGACCCCAGUCUGAGAGGAGGUAAUGGGAUCCCCCUUCGCUGUGUUUACCUGGAGGAGAUGGCUGCCGAUCUGGAUGGACAGGACUGGCUGGACAUGGACAACAUAGAACAGGCUCUGUUUAACCGUCUGCUGGUACCAGAGCCAGGAAACCACCUCAUCUACAUGACGUCAUGCAGCACUGUGAACCUGUCUGCUGACCGUGAUGCUGGACAGAAGUGUGCCAUCCCGUACCUUUUUGCUUGUUACCAGAGGGCCAAAGAAGAGGUGACGAAGGUACCAGAGAAGUUGCUGUCGUUUGCCGUUCGCUGUAAGAACCUGACAGUUUCCAACACACGGACGGUCCUGCUCACCCCAGAGAUCUACAUCAGCCAGAAUAUCUACGAGCAGCUUCUGGACCUGUUGCUGGAAAGUUUCAGUGCAGCACAGCCAGAGGAGGUGGUUGAGUUUGUGGAGGAGGUCAUUGCCGCUCUGCUGUCUGACCAGGAGGUGCGUACCUUCCAGGAGGUGAUAGCACCAGUGUUGGAUAUCUUCCAGGGACGCAUCAAAGACAUGGACCUGUGCCAGCCUCUCCUCUACUUCUACCUGGAUGUUCUGCUCUAUUUCAGCCACCAUAAAGAUAUCGCCAAGGUAUUGGUGGAACACAUUCAACCCAAAGACCCAGCGAAUGGUUUGCAGUACCAGAAGACCCUACUGGGAGCAGUGUUGAGUAUCUCCUGCUUGUUGAAAACCCCAGGUGUGGUGGAGGGACAUGGCUACUUCCUGAACCCCUCCCGCUCCAGCUCCCAGGAGACGAAGGUCCAGGAGGCCAACAUCCACCAGUUCAUGGGUCAGUUUCACGAGAAGCUGCACCAGAUCUUGAAGAAUUUGCUCCAGCGAACUGGUGAGACGCGCCAUUUGCUGCUAUUAUGGCUGGGCAGCUGUCUGCAGGCGAAUGCUGGCCGUGCCAAGAUAUGGGCCAAUCAGAUGCCGGAGAUCUUCUUCCAGAUGUACGCUUCAGACGCGUUCUUCUUAAACUUGGGUGCAGCGCUGCUGAAGCUGUGCCAGCCCUUCUGCAGGCCACGGUCACCCAAACUGCUCACCUUCAACCCGACCUACUGCGCCCUCAAAGAGCUGAGCGAAGAAGAGAGGCGCAAUCGCAACGUGCACGUAACAGGUCUCGACAAGGAAACCUGUCUGAUCCCGGUGCCCCCUCAGCAGCCGGUGGAGUCAGCGCAGACCUACAGCCUGCUGACUGAAAACCUCAUCCUCACACAACUCACCCUGCACCUUGGUUUCCACAGACUCCACGAGCAGAUGGUGAAGAUGAACCAGUCUCUCCACCGGCUCCAGGUGACAUGGCAGGAGUCCCAGCAAACAGGCAACCCAAUGUCAGAGCAGCUCCUGGAGCAGUUUGAGCGUCUGAUGAUUGUUUACCUGUCGACCAAAGCUGCCACCACGCAGCCCGCAAUGCUGCAAUGCUGCCUUAACCUCCAAGCUUCCACGGCUGCUCUGCUGGUUCAGCUUGGUGUGGGGAACAAGGGGCCUGAACAUGUAGCACUCAGUUUCCCCCUGUCCUCCCUACAGAAGUCUAUGCUCUGCUAUGUACCAGAGUUUUUUGCAGAGAAUUUGGGAGAUUUUUUCAUCUUCCUGCGUCGAUUUGCAGACGACGUUUUGGAGAGUUCUGCAGAAAGUCUGGAGCAGAUUCUUAACUUCAUCACCGUCUUCAUGGGUAACAUAGAGAGGAUGAAGAACCCUCAUUUAAGAGCAAAGCUUGCAGAGGUCUUAGAGGCGGUGAUGCCCCACAUGGAGCCGGUGGCUCCUGGUGCUGUUCAGCCAAUCGUGUUCCAGCGAGAGAGAGUCUUCUGCUCCUAUAGACAUGCAGCUCAGCUGGCUGAGGCCCUCAUCUCUGUGUUUGUAGACAUUGAAUUCACAGGCGAUCCUCAUCAGUUUGAACAGAAAUUCAACUACAGACGACCCAUGUAUCCCAUCCUCAAGUACAUGUGGGGCAAAGAUAGCUACAGAGAGAGUAUCAAGCAUUUGGCGCACUAUGCAUCUGAGAACCUGGAGGCCAUGAACCCCCCUCUGUUCCUCAGGUUCUUCAACUUACUGAUGAAUGACGCCAUCUUCCUACUGGAUGAGGCUAUUCAGUACCUGAGUAAAAUCAAGGUUCAGCAGUUGGAGCGGGAUCGAGGGGAGUGGGACGGACUGGCCCCCGAUGCCCGAAAAGAGAAGGAGUCAAGCCUGCAGAUGCUUGGACAGUUAGGACGCUUCCACAACAUCAUGUCUAAUGAGACCAUCGGCACGCUGGCCUUCCUCACCUCAGAGAUCAGGGGGAUCUUUGUGCACCCCUUCCUGGUUGAGAGGAUCAUCUCCAUGCUGAAUUACUUCCUUCAGCACCUGGUGGGUCCGAAGAUGGGGGCUCUUAAAGUCAAGGACUUCAGCGAGUUUGACUUCAAGCCCCAGCAGCUUGUUUCUGACAUCUGCACCAUCUACCUGAACCUGGGUGAUGAGGAGAAUUUCUGUGCUACGGUUCCAAAGGAUGGCCGCUCGUACUCUCCGACCCUCUUCUCCCAAACAGUUCGAGUACUGAAGAAGAUAAACAAGCCUGGAGACAUGAUUGUGGCUUUUGCACUCCUUGCAGAUAAAAUAAAGUCCCAUGCAGACAGACAUCAGCAGGAAGAGGAGACGUAUGCAGAUGCCCCAGAUGAGUUCUUGGAUCCCAUCAUGUCCACUCUGAUGCUCGAUCCUGUUCUCCUCCCUUCCUCCAAUGUCACAGUGGACCGCUCCACUAUAGCAAGGCAUCUCCUCAGUGACCAGACAGACCCUUUCAACCGCAGUCCUCUAACCAUGGACCAGAUCAGGCCGAACCAGGAACUCAAACAGCAGAUCUUACAGUGGCUGGAUAAACAUAAGCAGGAGCGGCUGCAGCUGGGACCCAGUGGCUAGCCAGCCCCGCGAUCCCUCGCUGUGAUAAACAAUGACUGCGUCCCUGUUUUCUUUAUACCGGCUCACUUCUCGAGUGCUCCUCCGCUUCUUGGCUAAUCCAUGGUGUUGCUUGCCUCUGGAUCUUCUUCUGACUGUUCUCCGGUCAGACAAACAUCGCAUUAGCCUUUUCAUGCAGCCUUCACGCUCAGUGGAUUGUAUCCACUACAAACAGUCCAGCAAACUGCAGCCCACCAGCUGGUGACAACUUCAGAAUCCUUACCAAUCCACGCAGUAACUGUUCUGAGUCCCAUGAUCCCCUCUGGUAACAUAGGUAGGGUGAUUUACAACCGCUGGUUCCUUCUCUCCCUGAAUACUGUGUAUUAAUUAGUUAUUAUUACAGUCAGAACUGUGGCCAGAAGUAUCAUUUUCAACAGGAUUUGUUGAAUGUACUGUAUGAACUCCUGACUGACCAGCUGGCCCUAACCACAUUUUAUACUACAAGGUAAGUAUUUUUGGGAACUGUUUAUGAUUUCACCUCGAUUUCACCUUAAUGUAGAAUACAUUAUGCACUGCUUUUUAAAGUUCUUGAACACCCUACAUUUCAGCUCUUGUGGUUAAAUCUCAAGCAGCAUAGCAUUGUAGAUAACAUUUGCAAUUAAAGGCAAGGCACAGGUAAAACUGAAUUUAAAACCUUGUUCACUGUAAUAAGACACCUGAAGCACAAAACCAUACUGUGAACACUGUUUCUCUGUAUUUUAACAUAUAUAGAUAAGUGUCUUCACAUCUUCAACUGCACCUGCUUUAAUCAA